CCAGCGGAAGCCCCUCAUGACCCCGGAAGCGCUCUUCUCGGUCCGGGCGGCGCCGGCAACUACGGCUCCCAGGGAACAGCGCGGCGCCGGAAGUCCCGCCCCUUUGGGGGACGUCCCGCCUAUAGGAAGGGUGGGGGGCGGGGCCAGUCCAGCGCGGGAUGGAGGAGCGGGAAGAGCAUGGGGCCGGAUUCAAGAAGCGGGCGGGGAGGCGCUGGCGCUGCUGGCCGAGAUGCUGAAGGUCUUCGUGCGAGAGGCUGCCGUGCGAGCUGCCCGCCAGGCUCGGGCCGAGGACCUGGCCCGGGUGGAGGUCGAGCACCUGGAGAAAGUGCUGCCGCAGCUGCUCCUGGACUUCUAGAGGGGGCGCGGGGCGUCCGGGCGGCGUCAGCGCUGCCUCUUCCCCGCCUCGAGCAGGGCGGCAGCUACGAAGGAGGAGAUGCCGCUUGACCAGGACCUGGAGCGGGGCAUCUUGCCGCCGGCAGCGGUCCCGCCUGUCCUGGCAGCUUCCCUCGUGGCUCAGCCAAGGCCUUCCCGCCGUCGUCCAAUGUGAGAAACAGGUGCUGCCGCCUCGGCGGGCGCGUGGAAAGAGUGAGCAGCUGGAAACCUUCCCCGGGCUGCGGGCUCGUCACCUCCGCGGGCUGCUGCGGUCGAGGUUGAAAGCCUGGUCCAGGCCUUCCUGCUGCCUGAGCUGGGCCGCAGGCUGCCAAGAGCAGGUACCCGAUCUUUGUUUUAUAAAUAAACAGUGCCUCCCUGAGCCCUUCCAGCAUUCCUCCGCCCGACAUCAAAGAGCGCUUGGAACCUUUUAACCAUUUGAUAUUCCUCUCAGAAGCUGCUUCCCCUCUGCUAUAAAUUUGUUCUCACAAAGAAACAUCAAUAAAUCAAAAAUAAGUCUCCUGCCCUGGCGCAGGCUCCUUGCUGCAA